AUGGCAGGCUUCAAGCGGGGCUAUGAUGGCAAGAUCGCUGGGCUUUAUGACCUCGACAAGACGCUUGGAAGGGGGCAUUUUGCUGUGGUGAAACUAGCCCGCCAUGUCUUCACUGGGGAGAAGGUAGCUGUGAAGGUGAUUGACAAGACUAAAUUGGACACAGUAGCUACAGGACACCUCUUCCAGGAGGUGAGAUGUAUGAAGCUAGUCCAACACCCCAAUAUCGUUCGUCUUUAUGAAGUUAUAGACACCCAGACAAAGCUUUACCUCAUUUUGGAGCUUGGAGAUGGAGGAGAUAUGUUUGACUAUAUCAUGAAACACGAAGAAGCACCGGAAAUUCUACUGGGAGAUGAGUAUGAUGCCCCAGCAGUAGAUAUCUGGAGUCUCGGGGUGAUCUUGUUCAUGCUGGUCUGUGGACAGCCUCCGUUUCAGGAAGCCAACGACAGCGAGACUCUGACCAUGAUCAUGGACUGUAAAUACACCGUACCAGUCCGAGUCUCCAGCACCUGCAAAGAUCUGAUAGACCGGAUGCUGCAGCGGGACCCAAAGCGUAGGGCCUCACUGGAGGAGAUCGAGACCCACCCAUGGCUGCAGGGAGUGGACCCCUCCCCAGCCACAAAGUUCAACACGCCCCUGGUGUCUCACAAGAACUUGUCUGAGGAGGAGCACAACAGCAUCAUCCAGCGGAUGGUUCUGGGGGACAUCGCUGACAGGGAGACCAUCGUAGAGGCUCUCGAGACCAACAAGUACAACCACAUUACAGCCACGUACUACCUGCUGGCCGAGCGAAUCCUGAGAGAGAAGCAAGAAAAAGAGGUCCAGCCGAGAUCUUCCAGUCCCAGCAACCUCAAAGCCCACUUCAGACAGUCGUGGCCGACACGAGUGGACAUGCACCAGGACAUUGAGGUCAGUUUAGCAGCGUCCUCCAUCUCUCAUGGGGGAGGUCCUCAGUCUCCGGCUCGCAGUGCUGAAAAUCUGCUCAACGGACACCGCUCCAAAGGCCUGUUGGAGCUGGGACGGAGAGAGGACACCACAGACUCUGUGGGGCAGGGAGCCACUGCUCCUCCUGCCCCUGGUCUAGGGUCCCUGAGGGCCCCUGCCCCAUCUACGUCAUCUACGUCCUCUAAACAGAGAGCCUGCCUCUUCAGGGUGGAGGAGGACGAGGAGGAGGAAGAUGAUCCCACUCCGUUGCCCUCUCAGGUGGUCCUCAGGAGGAAGCCCCCCUCCAUCACCAACAGACUGACCUCCAGAAAGAGUGCUCCUGUGCUCAACCAGAUCUUUGAGGAGGAGGGAGAAUCUGAUGAUGACUUUGACAUGGAUGAAGGUCUGCCUCCUAAACUCAGCCGGCUCCGGAUGAACAUGUCCCCUGGGUCUGGCCCUGCAGUGGGACAGGGGUCUCCAGGAGCCCCUCAGAAGCGUUACCACAGGAGGAAAAGCCAGGGGCGCGGCUCCUCCUGCUCCAGCUCUGAGACCAGUGACGACGACUCGGAGAGCCACAGGCGCAGGCUGGACAAAGACUCUGGUUUGGGCUGGAACAGGCGAGACAGCAGCGAGGGACCCCCGGGCAGCCAGGGGGGCUCUGGGGGCAGUGGGUCUGGAGGGCCUUCUGGUGAGGGAGGGGGGAGUUCAGACACAGGGGGGAGUCCUGGAGGAGGAGGCGGGGACAGUGGGACAGGAGGAGGAGGGCCAGCAGGGGGCAGUAAAGGACAGCACAGCCCGUCGUCCUGCUGCAACAACAGCAGCUUCUCAAGCCCCGCCCCCACUGUGCUGCGGGGGUCUCGGGGGUCUGUGAUGGAGAGUCUGAAGCUCAUGAGUCUGUGUUUGAGCUCGCAGCUGCAGAGGGGGCGGAGCCACAGAGGCGUCACGGAGGCUCAGAACAUCAUCAAGGAGCGCUCGGCCUGGAGGAUGUGCUUUGGCUCCACAGGAAGUCUGGACACCAUCACACUCCCCACCACUGCAGCCUCCUGUCACCACAGCGCCCCCCGCAGGCCACACACUCACAGCACCCCUGCCCUCAAGAACGGGGUCCUGCAACUACCUCUGUGCGAAAAGACCAUCUCUGUGAACAUCCAGCACGGGCCCAGAGAUGGCCUGCUCUGUACCUCAGGCCCGGCCUCCUGCUGCCAGGUCAUAUGA